AAUAUGAUGUCUCGCUCCUGGCAUGCUUUAUUUGAUAUAUGUAUAGUAUUCGUGUUUUUUCAAGAUGAGCUUGCUGCCAGUUUCAUCUUUCUAUUUGCAACCCUUCUAUUUGUUAGAGCUUUUCAUUGGCUUAUAGAAGGAAGAAUAGACUUUCCAUCUGUAAUGAGCAUUUUAACUUCCUUAUUUCUGAAAGCUAUCUUUAUUAUAUUAUCGCUCGCUGAUCUUUAUCUAAUAAAGUCUACUUAUUGGAAGAUGCCUGUUAAUGAAGAGUCAAUUCAUCUUGCUGUUGGAAUUGAAUAUUGUGUGCUUCUUGUUGGCUUAAUAUCAACUCUUAUAAGAUAUGUAUUGCAUACUAUUGACUCACACCGAGAAACACCUUGGGAUAAGAAGACUAUGUAUCUCCUCUAUGUUGAUAUCUUCGUUGAAAUGCUUCGACUUUUGCUCUACAUCGAUUUUACUUUACUUAUGUGGACUCUUCAUCCAUUUCCCCUUUUUGUCGUACGUCCGGUAUACUUAAGCCUACGUUCCCUCAAAAAAUCGAUUAAGGUAAACUCAGUAUUUUCAUGUGAAUAUAAGUUGUUUUGUUUUAUUGUUUAUACCUAUUGUAUCAUUCCGACUUGCAUAAUUUUGCUGCCAUAA